AUGUCUGACGUCGAGGCCACGUCCUCGGUGCCUCCGUCAGAGGAGCCGCCGAGCUCGCCGCCGCCGCAGUCGAGCGACGGCAUCCACGACCAGAGCCUAGACCAGUCCAACGAUGACGCUGCCAAUGGCACAGCUCCCGCCAGCCACGACGACGACAUCAACUCCUCGUCGUUCGAAAAGGGGGCCGGCCCGGAGAGCGAGCAUUCAUCGUCGGAGAAAGAGGCCGGUCAGGACGAGAGCGAUGCUCCUGCAGCCAGUGCUACUGCAGCUUCCGAUGGCGCUUCGUCUGAAAAGGCAGCCGCUGCUCCCGGCGCCAAGUCACCCAGCGUGGCUUCCGUGAGGAGCACCACCACCCCUGGCGUCGUCAGGAAGCCUGUGGGCGCGACUGCCGCCACGGCUGCCACAGCCACAGGCGUCCGGAAGGUGGCCGCUCCGGGCACUCGGCCGGGCACCACGGCGGCACGACCCGGUGCCGCUGGCACCACGGCUGCCACCACCAGAACCGCUGCUGCUCGGCCCUCUGCCGUAGGCUCGGCCCGACCCGCCGCUAGCACCACUACUGCCACCGCGACUCGCCCGGGUGUCACUGCUGGAACCGCUGCAGCACGCACUACUGCUGCUCCGCGCAGCUCCGUAGCAGGAGGCGUCGCCCGACCUCCUGUCGCUGGCACUGCAGCGACGCGCACGGCCGCCACUCCCGGCGCCUCGACCGCGACUGCGCGCCGGGUGUCGACUGCCCCCUCCUCUAGUGGAGCAAGCACGGCUGCCGGAACGUCGUCUCCUGCGCGCGCAUCGACGACCGCCGCCUCGUCAGCCGCCGCCGGCACCCCAGCGAGGCGAGCAGUCGGCACGACUGGCACCACCGGCGCUGCCGUUCGAAAGCCACCCGUCUCGGGGAUGGCCCCUACCGCGUCGGCGGCCACCAAGCGCCUCUCGACGUCCGGCUCGACCUCCACUGGUGCUCCCGCCUCCACCGCCGCCGCCCGCGUCCGCAGAUCGAGCAUCACGAGCACAAGCACUGCCGGAGCCCGUCCCAGCAUCUCUGGCCGUCCAAGCGUCACUACCGCCGCCCGACCCGGCACCACCACGACCACCGCUGCCGGCGUACGGAAGGUCGCUACUCCCGGCACGACUACUGCCUUGUCCAAGGAACUGCAGGAAAAGAUCACCAAGCUCGAGGCCGAGAUCGCCGAGCAGAGCGAACAGCUCAACCAGCUCAAGGGAGAGCUCGAAACCAAGGACGAAGAGCUGCAGGCCAAGACUGUCAGUCUCUCGGCGGCCGAGGCGAAGCUGGCUUCCUUGCCGUCCAGUGGCGAAGGCGAUCCCGCGGCUCAAACAGAAGGGAGCGAUGAAAAGUCGGCUCAGCUUCAGGCCCGCAUCGAAGAGCUCGAAACCGAGCUCGAGAAGGCCAAGGCUGUCGCCGACAACGCGGCUGCCACCGAGGCGCUCGAAAAGAGCCUCGCCGAGAAAGAUGCCGCCGUCACCGAGGCAAACGACAGGAUUGCGGCCCUCGAGGCCGAGGUGCAGACGACCAAGGAGAGCCUCGAAGCCGAGCAAAAGUCCUCCGCAGCUGCCACGGCAAAGGAGUCUGGCGACAAGGACCUGUCCGCUGAGGUUGAUCAGCUCAAGGCGCAGAUCGAGGAGAGCCGAGCCACGAUCGACAAGCAGAGCGAGCAGAUCACGGCGCUCCAGGCUCAGCUGCAAGACAAGGAGACUGCGCUGGCCACGGCCCAGAAGGAUGCCGAGGGCUCGGCCGCUACGCAGACUCGCAUCGAUGAGCUCGAAGCCGAGCUCGAGCAGGCCCUGUCGGCUCUCGAGCAGGCGCGUAAGGAUUCCUCGACCGCCGGAGAGGCCGGCGCUGCCGACCUUACGGCAAAGGACAAGCUGAUCGAGGAGCUGCGGAGCAACAUCGAGGAUCUCGAAAAGGCCGCCCAGGACCUCGAAGAGAGUCACAAGUCCAAGCUGGCCGAAGCCGUUGCGGCGGCCGAGGCGGCGGCCCUCUCCAAGUCUUCGAGCGCACACUCCGAGGCGCUCGACAGCCUGCGUUCGGAACACGCGUCGGCCAAGGACGCCGCGGUGGAGGAGGCCCGCAAGCAGCUCCAGACUGAGCAUUCGGCUGCCCUCGACAAGGCGCUCGACGAGGCUCGGUCCGAGCUUUUCGCCCGCCACGCCAAGCAGCUCGAGAGGGCGGUGCAGGAGGCUAUCGCAAAGAAGACCGAAGAGCAUGCGCAGGACCUCGAAGCGGCCAAGAAGGAGACAGAGACAUCGGUCCGCGAAACGCUCGACGCCGAGCAUGCGACGGUGCUCGGUGGGCUCAAGGACGAGCACGCGAGCAAGCUGGAGGAGGUGCACUCCGGGCACGCCACUGCUCUCGAGCAGGCGAGGCAGGACGCCGAGGCUCAGCGCAAGGCGGAGAGCGACGCAGCCGAGGCCCGCCACAAGGAGCUGCAGGAGGAGCUGAGCCAGGUCAAGACCGAGCUCGCCUCGCAGGAGUCCAAGUACCAGGCCCAGGUGGACGAGGUCAAGGUCGAGCACCAGCGCAAGCUCGAGGAGGCGUUCGACGCAGCCCGCGCCGAAGCGGGCGACUCUCACUCGGUCGAUCUUCAGACUCUCAAGGAGCAAUCGGCCCGCACCGUCGAGCAGCUCCGCAAGUCGCACGCCGAGGAACUCGACUCGCUGCGCAAGAGCCACGAGGCAGUCCUCUCGGACAUGGGCGAGCAAGGCGGCGCCGAGUCCAAGAAGCUCCAACUCGACCUCGUCGCAACCCAGACUGACCUCAAGAAGGUCAAGGAGGCACUGACCCAGACCGAGAAGGAGCAUCAGCUGGCCGAGGCGCGCGUCAAGGAGCUCACCGAGGCGCUCGAGGCGGCCAAGUCGGACUCGGCGCGUGCUGUCGAGGAGUCGGGCAAGGCGGGGGCCGACGAGCUGGCCAAGCUGCGCAAGCAGCUUGCAGAGCUGUCGACCGAGCUCGAGGAGACCAAGACGGCGCACAACCAGAGCCAGGCUGCCUUUGUCGACCAAUUCGAGUCGAUCGGCAAGUCGCACGAGGACGACAAGAAGGCGCUCGUCGAAAGGCACGUCCAGGAGAUGGAGGCGCUCCGCAAGAGCCACGACGAAGACCUCAAGGGCUUCCAGGAGAAGAACCUCAGCGACACCGGCAGGCUGAUGGACCUGCAGGACAAGCUCAACGACGUCGAAAAGGCGCGCGACGCCGCCAUCACCGAGGCCAAGGCCGCCAACGCCAAGCUGGCCGCGGCGCUCAAGGAUCACCAGGUCCAGAACGGCGGACCGGACGACACGACCGAGCUCGAAAAGCUGCACCGCGCCCACACCGAGAAGACGUCGCAGCUCCUGUCGCAGCACGCCGAGCAGCUGCGCCGACUCGAGGAGCUCAAGCAGGCGGCCGAGGGCAAGGUCGAGGGCCUGGAAAAGGAGCUGAGCAACGCCAAGAUGGAAGUCCAGUUCCUCACCUCCGAGACCGAGGACGUCGAAGCGCUCAAGGCCGAGAUCCGCGAGCAAGAGGCCAAGAUUGCCAAGCUACUCUCGGCCCAGGCCGAGGCCCAAGCCUGA